AUGAUGUAUGAAAAAUUGAUGAGGGUCGUUUUGUUAAUAUCAAUUCUAGUUGUUGCCGUUAGCUCGCAAUCUUCAAAACCUGAUCCCACACCAUCUCCAGCACCUAAAGACCAACCCAUUUCUCUUACAAAUCAUGUUAUUAAAGUCGGUUAUAUGGGAACCGGAUAUAGCCAAAAUAAUUUCACUGCCGGUAAAGGUGAUGUGUUGUAUUGGGAAUGGGAAGGCGAAUUGGAACAUUCCGUGAUCGAAUCAUCUCCUGAAACGCCGUGCGUAAAAAAAGAAGGAGGUAUUGAUCUUGGAGUUCAUAAAGCUCCAUUUAAUGUCAGUAUAGCUGUCGAGGAGAAGAGGACCUACGUUUUCUUUUCUGAUGUGUCAGAUGAUUGUAAAAAAGGAAUGUAUGGAGGAAUUAAUCUUCCCCAGGGAUAUGUUUGGCCAGAACAGUUAACCGCGGCUCCAAAACAAAUCGAUACACCCAAUUUAGGUCCAAAACCUACAGAACCUACAGGUUCAAUGACAACUAUGGGUGUGAAUGCCGCAAAUGCGAAAGCCACGCAGAGUUCUACUUCAUAUUCUCCAGAAAUUUCCUCUACUUGUGAUUUAACGAAGCCCGGUUAUAAAAUCAUUACUGGGGUCUUGGUGUUAAUAAGCUUUUAUUUACUAUUAUAA